AUGACUUUGCAAUGUAUCGAGCAGCCACAAACUGUGAGACAGCUUACUCCCUUCGCCACUUUUCUCGUGAUCAGAACCUGGCGCAGAAAUAGCACAGGGAACAGUCCACAACAACUGACUUGUUGCCUCAAAAGUUGUAAGAAGCUCCUUGAAGGUCCCAUGCACAUAAAAUUUGUUGAUCAUAGAAGCAUAACAUGUUCGCCUCCUCGACAUUUGACCGACAGUGACACGUCGACUCCAGUGGAACUGGUGUACCCUGAGAAACCCAGAGAGUCCAGAAAAACUUUUGCAAGGGCAGUCCCAAUUGCCUUCGAAGCAGAACUUAAGGGCCCAGUUUCAGUUCUUCGACGAGUUGGUGACGUAAAACCUUUCACCAGUGCUGUAAAGAAAGAACAUAUGGUUGAAGCAAGCUUAUUCAGAAUAUCUACAGCCACCAUUUCAGGACUUCUCGUCUUCAUCCCAUGGGAAGGAGCCUUUGCACUAGAUGUUCCGGAUUCAGUAUCAAUUUGUAAAGCUUCCAAGUGCCUUCCAGCCGCUCUGCCACCAUGA